AUGGGGAUUUCUCGUGAUUCUAUGCACAAGAGACGUGCCACUGGUGGCAAGAAGAAAGCUUGGAGGAAGAAGAGAAAGACUAUGCUGUCUUACCUUGACCUCUCUGAGAGUAAAUUGUCUGGGAAGAUUCCUCCUGAACUUAGGAUUGCAACCCCUUCACUUGAGACCUUAAAUUUGUACACAAAUCGACUCAAGGGAGAGACUCCGAGUGAAUUGGGGAGGCUAGGUCAGGUUCUCGAAUUGUAUGAGCUUGGAAGGCAACCUGCAAACACUAAACUGUCAAGCAACAAGACAGUGAGGAGGAUUAGGGUUCGAGGAGGAAAUGUGAAGUGGCGUGCGCUGAGGCUUGAUACUGGAAACUACUCAUGGGGCAGUGAGGCUGUGACCCGAAAGACCCGAGUUCUUGAUGUGGUGUACAAUGCAUCUAACAAUGAACUGGUUCGCACUCAGACUUUGGUGAAAAGUGCGAUCGUUCAGGUUGAUGCUGCACCUUUCAAGCAGUGGUAUCUCCAGCACUAUGGUGUUGACAUUGGCCGCAAGAAGAAAAUUACAGCUGCAAAGAAGGAAGGAGAGGAAGGUGAAGCUGUUACUGAGGAGGUCAAGAAGAGCAAUCAUGUGCUGAGAAAGUUGGAAAAGAGACAGCAGAUUCGCAAGCUUGACCCACAUAUUGAAGAGCAGUUUGGCAGUGGCCGUUUAUUAGCUAGUAUUUCUUCUCGUCCUGGUCAAUGUGGCCGUGCUGAUGGGUAUAUCUUGGAGGGCAAAGAGUUGGAGUUCUACAUGAAGAAGAUACAAAGGAAGAAGGGCAAGGGAGCUGGGGCAGCAUAA